AUGAGUUGGACGCUUACAGCGACCGUUCCUAGGGCCGUUGUCGACCUCCAACCCAACGUGGCGCCUCUCCAGCCUCCUUCGCAAACUUUCCAGCCGGCUGGCCAAAACCAACAGACGACCGAACGUCUUGCCGACCACGAGAAGCCGGCGGCGAAGAAGCGACGCGUUGAAGAUGGGCCCGUCGAUAAGGAGGGCUUGGUAAAGGCCAGCGUCCAGCUGGUCAGUCGCGCCGUCGAGGAUCUGGCCACCGAUGUGUAUCGUGUCGACGAAAUCGCCGUCCAGGCCGUGGCGAUGCUUGUGAAGAACUCGCCAUUCCUGCAUUCGGCAAACUUUGCCCAAGGCACACCGGCGCUCCAGUCCCCGAAAGAGGCAUCUACUCUCGCAUUCGACGUCGUCAACAGACUGGCAACACUGCCCCAAUAUCAGAUCCAGCAUCGACAACCGCUGUCCGACCCGACAUCCGCAGACGUGUCCCGGCCGUAUUCUGCGCGCCUCGCUGAACUUCCCGCCCUUGUUGACCAUUCCCCACUUUCCACCUUUCAUGACGUUGCUUACGACCUGCCGCCAAAGAACAACCCAGGAUUUCUAGCCCGGUAUACCCAGCGACUCAGGAGGAAACAUUCGCAAGGGACGGCGUCAGCACCACCCAGCAGCUGGCAGCAACUGAAGCGUCGUCCGUACCUUGCGGCGGAUGAACGUGCUCUAGUCGCUGCUGGGGUGAAGAAACUGCGUGCCCCAGCCGCAACGGAACUGCCAAUCAUCUGUCAUGUCGAUUUCACCAUCGACGAAGUACACCAAGUGUUCGACCGCUUACAACGUUUAGCCCCCGUCGAUGUGCCAAGGACGGCCGAAUCCCUCAAGUUGAUUUCGACUUCGUACGAUGUCGCAUCCAUCGUGGGUGAUGCAGUCCCUGGCAGAACCGCCGCGGAUGUGCGUAAUUACUUCAAGGAUCUCGUGGCUGGCCAUGCCAGUCAUCCCGACGAGCUGCAAGCCCUGUCCUUGAACCAAGACACACAUGUCGGGCGAAGAGGACGCCAUGGCGCUCGCGUUUCGGCCUUGCUGUUUGCCCGAGAGCUCGAUGGCAAUGUUGGCUUUGGUCGAACCCGACAGUUGGAGAAUUUUCAGAACGAGUUCAAAAAGUCGCACGAAGAUGGCCUCACCAUGAUUGCCGAAUUCACAAACUGUGCCGGCGACAUCUCGGCCAUGUCUUGGGUUCCCGACGCCAACGUCCUGUGCGGCACAACGGCUCAUUCGGACAUCCACAACCAGCAAUACAACAAGCCAGGGAACCUGCUCCUCUGCUCCACCUCGGAGGGUACUCUCCGCGCGUUUGAUCAUCAUCGAAUCCCGAGGCCGCGAGUGGAAAAGGGGGAGAAUGCGAACGAGGCGAUGCGGCUGAGUCAAGACCCGUGGCUGUACGCUUCGGUCGUCUCGUCAGACUUCGACGACGUUCACCGCCGCGCCUUCACCUCGAGCUUUGACCGGACCGUCAAGGUCUGGAAGGUCGCCGAGACUGGCGCGGAGAUGGAAUGCGUAGCGAGCUGGCAGCAUGGAGGGAACGUCAAUUUUGUCGCCGCCGCCAAGGAUGGCUCCGGCCGCGUGGCAUCGGCCGCGGAUGUUCCGACCGAGGCCGUACGAAUAUACACCAUCAACGCCGACGACGUGGCCCAGAGUCCUUAUCAAGCCAUCUCCUGCUCACGUACGGAUGCCGAUGGUUCCGACAAGUGGGCGUACUUUCCGGCAACAAUGGAAUGGGGACGAGCACCUGGCACGACGCACCUUCUCCUCGUCGGUUACUCUCCGCGAGCUCUCACAAGCGACGACCGUGAUAUUCCAGAAGACAAGGUCAACUCGGGAGAGAUCAUGCUGUGGGAUUCUGUGUCGUCUUGUCGCGUUGCCGUUCUGACUGCGACCACUGCCAACGUCUUCGAGGUGGCAUGGCAUCCCGAGCUGCCCCGCUUCAUCGCCGCCACGUCGCCCAGCGGCCUCACCGUCGAGCAAGGAGUGCGGACGCAGAUUCACCUUUUCCAACUCGACCGAGACCGGGAGGAUGUUGCCUACUCCGAAUUUCAGAAACUGGAUUGCCCAGCCGUCGACAUCAACGAGCUCACUUUCGUGCCCAACUCGCUCCUGCACGCGUACGUCACGGCGGGAUGUACGGAUGGAAACGUUUACGUCUGGGACACGGCUCAGGGAGACCGGCCGAUACACCAGCUGAAACACGGCUACCCUUUGGACGACUUCUCCGACGACAGGGAAAGGGAAGAUACCGGCGUCAAAUUCACGGCCUGGGGCACCUCGCUGGAUAGGUUCUAUUCGGGAUCGAGCGACGGCGUCGUCAAGGUGUGGAACGUCCGCAACCGCAGCGGACCGUUUGUGCGGAAUCUGCUCGAGGCGCCGGGUCCCAUAUCGUGUGGAAAAUUUGCGCCGGAUCAUGCGAAGCUAGCCAUUGGCGACGCAAGCGGGCGCGUCUUUUUGUUCUCGGUCGACCAACGCGAUGAGCACGAGGCACAUUUCAUGACGCUUCCCGGCACUACCCGCAGGAUCCGCCGGCCGACGCCUUACAUACCUCACGCAGAGCCGCCUCCGCCGCCGCUGCGGCAGAUUACCGAGCAGGACCCGGUUCCCAUGGAGCUCGACACGGCAGAGCUUUCAACGAGCGCGGAUGCGCGGCGAACAUACUUGUCAACGGGACGGCUCGUCCUAAACCCCAAUCCUGUCAUUGGCGCUGUCAAAGGCCCCGAGUAUGCAUCUACAGGCCUUUACCGGCGCAGCGCCUACGUUGAUGGAGACAUCUCGUGUCCUCUCCUAUCAAAAUACGCACGCAACCAGCGGGAAAACCUGGCUUCCGUCCUUGGCACGUCCCGCCGUUCAGAGCGCCGGCUGAAAUGCCCCUUUGCCAAUGAACCACCCGAGGCUAGGGAAACGCGAGAGAAGCAGCAUUCGGAGAACAAGGGAUUGGAUUUGGACGGGUUUCGUUGGGAAUCUAGCGAGAUGUUCGAUCUUCUCGUACGAGAUGGGGCCGUCUUAUCGGAUGCGGAGGAAGAUUGGGGCUUCGAGUACGACGAUAUGUCUGUUGGCCUAGCUGGGGAUGAUGAAGAAGAAGUGACCUAG